AUGGCGCCCGCCGACUUUCCGGAUGGCGGAGUAGAAGCUUGGCUUGUUGUCUUUGGAGGGUGGUGUUCGCUGUUUUGCACGUUUGGACUUAUUAAUUGUGUUGGUGUUUUUCAAAAGUAUUACCUUUCUGGUCCUCUUAAGGGGUAUAGUAGCUCUACCGUGAGCUGGAUUCUAUCAGUCGAGGUCUUUUGCAUGAUCUUUUGUGGUGCCAUUUUCGGCCGGCUCUUUGAUGUCUACGGCCCCAAGUACCUCCUCUACUUUGGUACCAUCGCCUACGUCUUCGGCCUCAUGAUGGUAUCCCUCUCGACAUCGUACUACCAAAUCUUUCUCUCGCAGUCCAUCGUGGCCGCUAUCGGCUCCAGCGCCGUCUUCAACGCCAGCAUGUCGUCCCUCGUCACUUGGUUCUUCCGUCGUCGCGCCGCCGCCUUUGGUAUCAUGGUUUCUGGCUCGUCCCUCGGCGGUGUUGUACUGCCAAUCAUGAUGGACAAGAUGAUCAAGGAGGUUGGGUUCCCCUGGAUGAUGCGCACCAUGGCCUUCAUGUUUCUCUUCCUGCUUGGCAUCUCUUGCCUCACUGUCAAGUCCCGUCUGCCUCCUCGCCCGAAGCCAUUCGUCUUUAUGGAGUACAUCAAUGGCCUUCGAGAGCCUCGCAUGGCCAUCACCGUCAUUGGAUUCUUCUUCUUCAUGUGGGGAAUGUUCCUCCCCUUCAACUAUGUCCUCCUCCAAGCUGAGGCUGCGGGAAUGUCUCCUACCCUGAUCCCCUACCUGCUGCCUAUCCUAAACGCUGUGAGCAUCCUUGGCCGAAUCAUCCCCGGCAUCAUCGCCGACAAGCUUGGUCGAUACAACGUCAUGAUCUUCAUCACCUUCAUCUCGGGCAUCUUCUGUCUCUGCAUCUGGAUCCCGGUCAAGGACACGGCCGGCAUCCUCGUCUUUGCCAUCAUCUUUGGCUUCUCCUCGGGAGGUUACAUCAGCUUGGCACCUACGCUCGUCGCUCAAAUCUCCGACAUUCGUCAGAUUGGCACACGCGUUGGUGCUGCUUUCGCCCUCCAGUCCUUUGGUGCUCUGACGGGCAGCCCUAUCGGUGGUGCCAUCGUCUCGGCCCAGAAUGGCGACUAUUUGGGUCUGCAGCUGUUUUGCGGCGUUGCCAUGAUUAUUGGCUGUGUUGCCGUUGCCGUUGCUCGCUAUGUGCAGGUUGGCAUCAAGAUGGUCAAGAUUUGA